GUGUAUUCCAAACCGAAAUCAAGAAUUGUGGAACAACCUUAUCCUACGUAUGGCAAUAUGUUUGAUGAGAAUGGUUCAACUCCUAGAAGGGUGUCGAUACCUCAAAAGCCGCGAUUGAUGGAGUCUCCGGGGCAGGAUAUGGAUGAAGAGAUUUACAAGGUGAUGAAAUUGAAUAAAGAGAAGCAUAGGAGAGUGAAGAUUAAGUUUUCACUUGAGGUAAUUGCUUUUGGGUGCAUAUUGGGGUGCUUAGUGGCUAGCUUCACUGCCAAUGGAUUGAAGACUUUGAUUGUGUGGGGUUUGGAGUUUUGGAAAUGGUGUGUGCUUGUGAUGGUGAUCUUCUCGGGAAUGUUGAUUACCAAUUGGUUUAUGCGUGUGGUUGUGUUCUUGAUUGAAAGGAACUUUUUGCUAAGGAAGAAGGUGCUGUAUUUUGUCCAUGGGCUGAAGAAGAGUGUUCAGGUCUAUAUUUGGUUGAGUUUUGUUCUUCUUACAUGUGUAUUGCUUUUCAAUCACGGGGUUAAGCGAUCAAAGACCGCCGUCAAGAUUUUGGGUUAUGUUACCCGGACUCUAGUUUCGCUUCUGGUUGGAUCAUUUUUGUGGUUAAUGAAGACUUUGUUGCUAAAGAUUUUGGCAUCGAAUUUCCAUGUGAACACCUUCUUUGAUAGAAUUCAGGAAUCAAUCUUCCAUCAGUAUGUACUUCAGACCCUUUCGGGGCCUCCCCAGGUAGUGGAGGCAGAGAGCAUUGGGAGAUCGCCGGGCGCUGGUCGGUUGACCAUCAGGAGUAAGAAGAAGAGAAAAGUCAAGAAGGAGAAAGAGAUAAUCGAUAUUGGGAAACUUCAUAAGAUGAAACACGGAAAGGUUUCUGCUUGGACCAUGAAGGUGUUGGUUGAUGCAGUGAUGAGUUCAGGGCUUUCCACAAUCUCGAAUAUACUUGAUGAGAGUGUUGAUGACGAAGAUGGUGAGCGGACAGAUAAGGAGAUUACCAAUGAGAUGGAAGCAAAUGCCGCUGCCUAUCACAUUUUCUGGAAUGUCGCACAGCCUGGUUGCAGUUACAUUGAUGAGGACCACCUUCUGAGAUUCAUGGUUAAGGAAGAAGUGGAUCUUGUGUUUCCACUGUUGGAAGGAGGAGAGACAGGAAGGAUCGACAGCAAAGAUCUUACAGACUGGGUGGUCAAGGUUUACAAGGGCCGCAAAGCACUAGCACAUGCUUUAAACGACACCAAAACUGCUGUCAAGCAGUUAAACAAAAUUGUGACAGUCAUCUUGAUUAUGUUGACCACUCUUCUAUGGCUUCUUUUGAUGGAAAUUGCGACAACAAAAGUUCUUCUUUUUCUCUCGUCACAGUUUGUCGUGGUGGCUUUUAUCUUUGGAAAUACCUGCAAGACCAUAUUUGAAGCUAUAAUAUUUGUCUUUGUAAUGCAUCCAUUUGAUGUUGGAGAUCGAUGUGUCAUUGAUGAUAUUCCGAUGAUGGUUGAAGAGAUGAACAUUUUAACAACAGUCUUCCUGAAGCUGGAUAAUGAAAAGGUUUAUUAUCCAAAUUCAAUUUUGGCCACGAAACCCAUCAGCAAUUACUACAGAAGCCCUGAUAUGGGUGAUUCUGUUGAAUUUGCGAUUGAUUUUAUGACACCAGUCGACAGGAUUGGGAUGCUCAAAGAUAAAAUUACACAAUUGAAAGAAUCGUCAUCUUUUAGCCCUCUUGCCAUUAUUCUGAAUCAAAACAAAUUGACUGGACCAAAUUAUCUAGAUUGGAAGCGUAAUUUGGAUAUUGUGCUAAUUGCUGAAGGGCACAAGUUUGUGCUGACUCAGCCAUGUCCCGAGGUCCCACCUCUAGAUGCCUCUCAAGAGGACAAGCAGCGAUAUGAUCGUUGGAAUAAGUCCAAUGAGAUGGCCAAGUGUUACAUUUUGGCAUCUUUGUCAAAUGUACUCCAACAUCAGAUGCAAACCAUGUCACUUGCUUCAGACAUCAUGCUUAAUCUAAAGGAGAUGUUUGGUGACCAAGGUCGUGCUGCUAGGCAAGGCAUGAUGAGGAGCCUUCUUAAUGCUAGGAUGACUGAAGGAACUCAAAGUCGGGAUCAUUGUCUAAAAAUGAUCGCCUGUUUAAAUGAACUAAAGGUUUUGGGUGCAGAGAUUGAUGCAGAAUCUCAAGUGGAUAUGAUCCUCCAGUCCCUACCAGAUUCGUUCAAUCAAUUCAAACUUGAUCUUUCUAUGAAUAAAAAGUCUUAUACUUUAUUUGAAUUGAUGAAUGAGAUCGUCGCAGGGGAAGGCAUCAUGAAAGACAAGGAAAGUGUGAAUAAGACUCAAGCUUCCACUUCUAAGUCUCAACUAAAAGGCAAAGACGAAAAGAACAUACAGGGAACCAAGCAGGUAGGAAAGCAAGGUACUCCAGAAGUGAACAAGGUUGAAAACAAGGCAACAAAGGGUAAAUCAAAGGGGAAAUGUUUCAAAUGCGGUGAUGCGGGGCAUUGGAAGAGAAAUUGCCCUAAGUAUCUAGCUAUCAAGCAUCACGGGGUUUCGGAAGACCAAACGAUUGAGUGAUGAAGAGAUGUGCAUGACACUCAAAGAUGUGCCGUGAGUUCUAGUUUUAUCUAUUGGAGUUUUUCAUUUGUAUUUUGAAUGUAGAGUUUUAAUUUUAUCAUACUAUCUUUAUGUUACUUUUAUUUAUAGAAAUUUGACUUCUUUGACUUAUUUGGGUAAAUGCGAUUGUACUUCGAUUUGGAAGGAUAUAGCAAUAACAAAGAAAGGUAAAAUGUUUAUCUAUUCUAGUUC